ACUGCCUAUUGAUAAAAUUAUGAGCAUUAACUGGAUAAAAAUUACCGAUCGAGCCCGGGAGGGCAUUAAAAUCAUAAAUGCCUUACCUCACGACACGUUCACAACAGUUCUGCUCUAUGUGCAUAGGCAGAUGAGUCCAAGCAGUGCCAAUGGAGGCGCUGGUGCAGGUGGGCUGUCGGGAAACAACGCGCCCAACGUAACUGUAGGCACCACUGUCAAGGAACGGACCGGUGGCGCAACUGAGAGCAGCCACACAAGCAGCGAACCGGAAUACACACUCGAGGAGCUCGAACGUUUGGUUAGCGUACCACGCCCAGACUUUUUACUGCUGAUAAAAACGUUUUCGUACAUUUUACGGCGCAUUUCCACGUUCAUCAUCAAGCCAAGCCAUCUGCAACGGGAGUUGCGUGAAAAGCUGCAACUGCAAGAUGAGGCUAAGAUCGAUGCCAUCUUGCGUUUAUGGGUGCGCCAAACGACUCCAAUGAUGAACAACCUGGCAAGCGAGCGUUACGAGUCCAAUGUCAUUGAGGACAUGGCCUGGAAGCUGAAUGUAGAAAUCGCCUCGCAUUGUCAACAGCGGGAGAAGACGGCACUCGCAGUGCUGCAGCUGAAAACGGGAGCUGGCGAGGACAUCAACUUUGAAAUGACACAGGCGGAGUUGAUGCAGCUGUACAACCAGUUCGAGAACAUCCAAUCAGAGCUGGAUGCAACAUUGGCCAACAUGAAGAUCAGCGAUAAAACCACUGGCGAUCAUUAGACAUGUCUGGUUCACAAAUAUUUACUUAAAAAGGUUGUUAGUAUGACGCACAACUAAUUACAUAUGUAUGUUAGUUUUAGUUUAAUUUUAUUUAAACAUUUGUUAGGUUGAGCCGAUAAUCAAAUUGAUCAGUGUACUGGGCUAUCAAUAUUAUUAGAUCGACAGGCAAUCGCUAUCAGUGCAAGACAACCAGUAAGACAUCGAAUUGGAAAUUAGUUCAGUCCACUUUAAUGGAAUUGCAUUUGAUGUUUUGUUUUCGUUUUUUUUUUGUUCAUAGCUCUACGAUAAACAUUACA